AUGACAGAAUUAGAGUCAAAUAACAUAAAGCUUAAUCUAGCAGGUGUGGCUAUUGUGUCAGAGGAGCUAACUGAGGAUAGUUUUGAAACUUGGAAAAAUUGCUUGAAAAAUUAUUUCAUUGGGAAUGGGCUUUGGGAUGUUGUCUCUAAGGAAAGUAAACCAGAUAAGACAAAUAAACAUGAGCGUGAAAAAUGGAAGAAAAAGAAUGCUUUGGCUCUGCAUGCAAUUCAACUUUCAUGUGGAUCAGCAAUAUACUCUAAGUUUAAAGACCACAUUUCUGCUCACUAUGUAUGGACUCAUUUGACCGAGAGGGAUUGGGCUCAGGUUCGACAACCAGCACCAAGCUCAGAUCACGAUGAAGAGAGUCAUGUCGAAGAUAAUGGGUCGAGAAAGCACCUUGCUUACGAGCACUUAUACAAGGCAAUUGAAGAAGGUAAGUGGCAUUCUAUAGAAGAAAUCCUUCGGCAGAAUCAAGAUGCGAUUAGGGAAAUAGUUUCAUCACACAAAGAUACAGCUCUGCACAUUGCAAUUUUGUCUGGACACAUUGAAAUUGCAGAAAAACUUGUAAUCACGAUGGAUGCAGCUGACUUAGAACAGAAAAAUGAAUACGGAGCUACGGCCUUAUCUCUUGCUGCGAUCUGUGGUGCAAAGAAACUGGCCAAGGCAAUGGUAUGUAAGAACAAAAAAUUAGUUACAAUAGAAACUGCAGAUCAUGAAGAUGGGCAUCUUCCUGUGAUUGUGGCUGCAUUGUAUGGAAAAAAGGAAAUGGUUCGUUAUUUAUAUAAAGUGACGCCAAAAGAUGAGCUCAGUCCUGAAAAGGGUGAAAAUGGAGUCACACUACUCAAUUCCCUUAUUACUGCUGAAAUUUAUGAUGUUACUUCUAUGCUAUUGAAAAGGUAUCCAAAGUUGGGUGCUACCCGAGAUCAUGGUGGUAAUUACACACUCAAAAUAUUGGCUCACAAGCCUUCCGCAUUUCUUAGUGGGACUAAGCUUUCAUUUUGGGAAAGAUGGAUCUACCAUUGUGUAAGUGUACACACACCUUGGGACAACGAGCAUGUAGAAAUGCAAACAUCAGGUACUAGUGAUCAUCACAUCAUUCAAAUUGAUGAAUCAAGCGACGAAGAUCUGAUGGGAAGGAUUUCUAUGACUACUCGAGGCUUUGAUAACCAAGUACAUUUUGACACUCUAAGUAAAAUCCUGUUGUACAGCUCUAGAGUUGGUGCGCAAAUCCGGUUGGGGGAUAUUGCAAUUUCUUGUUCCAGAGAUCAAUUACAUACACCAGAGGAAGUUAGUCCAUGUCGAAGUUGUGAAAUUCCUAAGUCACGUGGUUAA